AUGGUUAUACUUCAAUGUUUUUUGUUCUUUACCAGGGCUGAGCUCAACAUAAGACCAUGGGAAACAACAUUAAAUAAUAUAAAAGGAGGCAACAAGAUAGUGCAAUGGAAAGAUAGGGUACCCUAUGCUUUUUGGAAGGGCAACCCUGCAGUGUCUAAUAUUAGGAAGCAACUCGGCAAGUGCAACGUCACAGAAGAACAUGAUUGGAAUGCAAGAAUAUAUGACAUUCAAUGGCAGAAGGAGAAACAAAGCAAUUUCGAGAACUCAAAACUUGAAAAUCAAUGCAACUUUAGAUAUAAGAUCUAUGCAGAAGGGGCCACGUGGUCUGUGAGUGAAAAGUACAUAAUAGCAUGUGACUCAAUGACCAUGUUCAUAGAGCCAAAGUAUUAUGACUUCUUUACAAGAAACAUGUUACCUUUGAAACACUAUUGGCCUAUCAGCACCAAAAACAUGUGCGAAGACAUUAAGUAUGCAGUGGAUUGGGGAAAUACUCACCUUGACAAUGCACAAGCAAUUGGAGAUGGAGGAACUAACUACAUCUUGGAGAAUUUAAAGAUGAAGUUUGUGUAUGAUUACAUGUUUCAUCUCUUAAAUAGUUAUGCAAAACUAUUGAAAUUCAAACCAACCAUACCCCCAGGAGCUGUUGAGUUUUGUCCUGAAAGCAUGGCAUGUUCCCUCCGUGGUCUAAGGAAACGAUUUUUUGGUAAAAGAACUUUAAGGUGUAUCGAGUUUUACCUACACCAAACAAAAGUAGGUAUAGAUUUUUGA